CCGAGCCGCACUAAUACAGACAAACAUAUCUCUGCAAGGCAGUAUUAUGCAUAUAAACUCUAGAGUCGCCCUAACAAUCUACUUCUUAGAGCCGGGCGGUGUCUUCAGCAGUACAUUGUAGACAUGUACGUCAAAGUUGAGAAUACGCGCCUUGAUUUCUUCCGUAACAACCAGGACACUAUUAGGGAAGACUUAUAUCAAGGGAUUCUGGACACUGUGGAAAGAGGGGAAAACAGUGCAGCUAAUGUGGCACAUCGUGUGGUGUUGCCACCAACUUUUAUUGGCGGCCCUCGGGACCUUAAGAAAAGGUACCUAGAUGCAAUGGCUCUUGUGCAACGCUAUGGGAAGCCAGAUCUCUUAGUAACAAAGAUAGUAACAAUGACAUGUAAUCCAAAAGGGCAAGAGAUAAAACAAGAGCUCGCUGCCGGGAAAGAAGCUCAGAACAGGCCUGAUUUGGUGUCGAGGAUUUUUCGAGCGAAAUUGUUAGCCCUGAAAAAACUGGUAAUGCAAAACCAUGUUUUUGGUGAAGUUGCGGCAAUGUUCUACGUUGUUGAGUUUCAGAAACGAGGUUCGCCUCAUAUGCAUUUUCUCAUCAUUCUCACACCUACUUCCAAGAUCAAAACUCCUGCCGAUUAUGACAAAUUUGUUUCUGCUGAGAUACCCUACAUGGACAACCCUCACCUUCGAAGAUCAUUCUCAAGCAUAUGAUGCAUGGCCCGUGUGGAAAGUUAAACCCCAAGUGUCCGUGCAUGAAACGCAAAGGGAAUAAGGAACACUGUAAAAGUGGAUACCCAAAACAGUUUUGUGAUGAGACAACCACCAGUGCUGAUGACUUCCCAGUGUAUAAGCGCACAUCCACCGGUGAAACAGUGUCCAUUCGCAGAGCGACUUUGGAUAAUCGGUGGGUUAUUCCGUAACUCGUACCUCUCAUCUUUUUUUGAUUGUCAUCUUAACUUCGAAGUUUGUUCAAGCAUUCAAGCAUUCAAGUACUUAUACAAGUAUGUUUACCAGGGCCAUGAUAGAAUCUCGUUCAACAUUGUGAGAGACGGUGAACGUGGCGCUGUU